UAAUGGUCCUGGUGAUCCAACAAUGGUAAAACAAACAAUUGAACGUCUUAAGGUGGCAUUGAAAGAUGCAAAAACUCCAAUUUUUGGCAUUUGUAUGGGUCAUCAAUUAAUAGGUCUUGCUGCUGGUGCUAAAACAAAGAAGAUGAAGUAUGGUAAUAGAGGUCAAAAUAUCCCUUGUACAAAUAUGAUUUCUGGUCGCUGUUACAUUACUUCUCAAAAUCAUGGUUAUGCUGUUGAUGCAAGUACGCUUCCUUCUGAAUUUCAAGAAUUAUUCGUCAACGCAAAUGAUGGUUCAAAUGAAGGAAUUAUACAUAAGACUUUACCAAUUUUUUCCGUUCAAUUUCAUCCUGAAUCUACUCCUGGUCCAAAGGACACUGAAUUUUUAUUUGAUGUAUUUAUUGAAAGUGUCAAACAAUUUGGUUUGACAGGAAAUUUGACAUCAAUACAAAUGCCUGGUGGUUUGAGAAGUGAGAAUUCACGAAAAAAUCCACGUGUUAGUGUUAGAAAAGUUUUAGUUUUGGGUAGUGGGGGACUGAGUAUUGGUCAAGCUGGUGAAUUUGACUAUUCAGGAAGUCAAGCUAUUAAAGCUCUGAAAGAAGAAGGGAUAUAUACAAUUUUAAUAAAUCCAAACAUUGCUACUAUACAAACAUCACAUUCUCUUGCUGAUAAAGUUUAUUUCCUCCCUGUAAAUCCUGAUUUUGUUCUCAAGGUUAUUAAACAUGAAAAACCUGAUGGUAUUUAUGUAACAUUUGGUGGUCAAACUGCAUUAAAUGUCGGUAUCAAGCUUAAAGAUCAGUUUGAAGAAUUGGGGGUUAAAGUGUUAGGUACACCAAUAGAAACAAUAAUCGCUACAGAAGAUCGUGAACUAUUCGCUCAAAAAAUGGUAGAGAUUAAAGAGAGAUGUGCAAAAUCUGCUUCUGCUACAAAUGUUCAAGAAGCUUUAGAUGCUGCACAGAAGAUUGGUUAUCCAGUAAUAUGUCGUGCCGCGUAUGCGCUCGGUGGUUUAAGCUCUGGAUUUGCUGAGAAUGAAACGCAAUUAGUUGAGCUCUGUACCAAGGCUUUUGCAACUAGCCCUCAAGUGUUGGUCGAACUAUCUAUGAAAGGUUGGAAGGAAAUCGAAUAUGAAGUCGUUAGAGAUUGUCGAGACAACUGUAUCACAGUUUGUAAUAUGGAGAAUUUUGAUCCUCUUGGAAUACAUACUGGUGACUCUAUCGUAGUUGCUCCAUCUCAAACUCUCUCUGAUGAUGACUACAAUAUGUUAAGAACAACAGCAAUUAAUGUUAUUCGUCAUCUUGGCGUUGUGGGUGAAUGUAAUAUUCAAUAUGCUCUAAAUCCCUUUUCUAAAGAGUAUUGUAUUAUAGAAGUGAAUGCGCGUUUAUCUCGUUCAUCUGCACUCGCAUCUAAAGCUACUGGUUAUCCAUUGGCUUUUGUCGCUGCAAAACUUGGUUUAGGAAUACCAUUAAAUGAGAUUAAUAAUAUGGUGACUAAAGUGACAUGUGCAUGUUUUGAACCUAGUCUUGAUUAUGUAGUUGUUAAAAUUCCACGAUGGGAUCUAAAAAAGUUCUCACGUGUAAAUAAAGCUUUGAGUUCAUCAAUGAAAUCUGUUGGUGAGGUGAUGAGUAUUGGGCGUACUUUUGAAGAGACCAUUCAGAAAGCAAUAAGAGCUAUUGAUUACGGGUUUUCAGGAUUUGGUCAGAAUGACCUUGUUGAUUCCAUUAAAGAGGAAUUAAUCAAUCCAUCUGACCAACGGCUUUUUGCCAUUGCCAAUGCAAUGCAUCAAGGAUACACUGUUGAUCAAAUAUGGGAGCUUACAAAAAUAGACAAAUGGUUUUUAUACAAAUUAAAAAAUAUAAUUGAAUUAGAAAAACAACUUAAAAAUUAUAAUUAUUCAACAAUUCAAUCCGAUCUUAUCCUAAUGGCUAAACAGUUGGGUUUUUCAGAUCGUCAUAUAGCAAAACUUAUCAGUAGUAACGAAUUAUCAGUAAGAAGGAUAAGACAAGAACAUGGCAUAAUACCUGUUGUAAAACAAAUUGAUACUGUUGCUGCCGAAUUCCCUACACAAACGAACUAUUUAUACGUAACUUAUAAUGCUGUGGAGCAUGAUAUUACUUUUGAAGAAAAGGGUGUUAUGGUAUUAGGAUCCGGUGUUUAUCGUAUUGGUAGUUCAGUCGAGUUUGAUUGGUGUGCUGUGCGAGCGAUUCGUACUCUUCGUGAUCGUGGUAUCAAGACGGUGAUGGUUAAUUAUAAUCCAGAAACAGUUAGCACAGAUUAUGAUGAAGCUGAUCGAUUGUAUUUCGAAAAUAUCACAUUAGAACGUGUAUUGGACAUUUAUGAAAUUGAAAAUUCUUGUGGUGUAAUAAUCUCUAUGGGUGGUCAAACUCCAAAUAACAUAGCAUUACCAUUGUUUCGUCAAAAUGUUAAAAUUCUUGGUACUUCUCCAGAAAUGAUUGAUACUGCUGAAAAUAGAUAUAAAUUUUCUCGUAUGUUGGAUCAGAUCGGGGUCGACCAACCAAGAUGGAAAGAGUUAACUAGUCAUGAAGAAGCACAUGAAUUUUGUAAACAAGUUCAAUUUCCAGUUUUGGUACGGCCAUCUUAUGUAUUAUCAGGUGCUGCAAUGAAUGUAGUAUAUUCUUCAGAUGAUCUUUCCAAUUAUCUUAGUCAAGCUACGGCAGUUUCUCGGGAACAACCAGUUGUAAUUUCAAAAUAUAUUGAAGAAGCUAAAGAAAUUGAAAUGGAUGCUGUGGCUCUUGACGGUAAGCUAAUAAUGCACGUAAUAUCAGAGCAUGUUGAAAAUGCGGGCGUACAUUCGGGUGAUGCAACUCUCGUCUUACCGCCACAGGACCUUGAUCCUGCUACUGUACGAAAAAUCGAACUUGCUACGCAACAGAUUGGAAAUGCAUUAAAUGUAACAGGUCCUUUUAAUAUUCAAUUUAUUGCUAAAAACAAUGAUAUUAAGGUUAUAGAAUGCAACGUUCGUGCGUCAAGAUCUUUUCCAUUUGUGUCCAAAGUUAUGGACGUGGAUUUAAUCGAGAUGGCUACUUUAGCUAUGUUGGGAGUUCAUAUUGAUCCAUACCCAUCAAUUAAUAUACCAAAAAGUUAUGUAGCAGUUAAAGUACCACAAUUCAGUUUUAGUCGUUUAUCUGGUGCUGAUCCUAUAUUGGGUGUAGAAAUGGCAUCUACUGGUGAAGUUGCAUGUUUCGGGCGGGAUAAAUAUGAGGCAUAUCUUAAGGCAUUGAUAUCUACAGGAAUUAAUGUCACCAUGCCUCGAAAAAAUAUUUUGCUCUCUAUUGGUUCUUUUAAGGAAAAGAAUGAAAUGCUACCGUCAAUAAGGAAACUACAUCAAAAGGGAUAUAAUUUAUUUGCCACAUCUGGAACUGCUGAUUAUAUUCAAGAGCAUGGACUUCCUGUGAAAUAUUUGGUAUCAUUGGAAGAAUCUGAACACCAGCUCAAAUCUGAAUAUUCACUUCAACAACAUUUAGCAAAUAAUUUAAUUGAUUUAUAUAUUAAUUUACCGUCUAAAAAUCGGUAUCGUCGACCAGCUAGUUAUAUGAGUAGAGGUUAUCGUACACGUAGAAUGGCUGUGGAUUACGAUAUCCCUUUAAUAACUAAUGUCAAAUGUGCAAAAUUGUUUAUAGAAGCGCUUUCUCGCAAAAACGAUUUUGAAAUUUUGAAUAUUGAUUACAAGACAUGUCAUAAGAGAGUAACAUUACCAGGUCUUAUUAAUGUCUCAGCUUUCGUACCUCAUGUUGCAGAAUCUAAUAAUGAUGAUUUUUCACAAGUUACCAAGGCGUCACUUGCAGCUGGACUUACCACCAUAAAUAUAUUGCCAAUAGGAUUAAAUGAAUCUUUGAGAAACGCAAUAACAGUCGAAGUGGCACAUAAUAAUAGUCAUAAUAAUGCACAUUGUGAUUUUUCGUUAUCAGUUGUUGUUACAGAGAACAAUACUCAAGAAUUGACAACCGUAGUACCAGAUGGUGCAUCAUCCUUUAUUCCAUUUAAAAUCCUUCAACCCGAUAUGAUUCCUAAAAUGGCUACCAUUUCUACGCAUUUAAGUACUUGGCCUUUACACUCACCUAUAGUCACUGAUGCUAGUGGAACUGAUUUGGCAUCUGUUUUAUUAUUAGCUAGUCUACAUAAUCGUGCUGUGCAUGUGACCGACGUAAGUACUAAGGAAGAUAUAGUUUUAAUUGCUUUAAGCAAAGAAAAGGGUCUAAAGGUUACAUGUGAUGUCUCGGUAUAUGCUUUAUUUUUGAACUCCAACGAUAUGAACGACAAUACAAAUAUCUUACCUAGUUUCUCAGAUCAAGCAGCUUUAUGGGAAUAUUUAGAAAGCAUUGAUUGUUUUAGUGUUGGGACUCUACCGUAUCGAUUAUCGCAAUCAUAUGGAUUUGAUGUACCGGCAAGCACUGGUAUAGAAGAGACAUUACCUUUGUUAUUAAAUGCUGUUAACGAGGGAAAAUUGACAUUAGAUGAUAUCAAAACUCGUCUUUACACUAAUCCUCAAAACAUUUUCAAUAUACCGGAGCAACCAGAUACCUAUGUAGAAGUAGAAAUUGAUCGUAAGAUAAUAAUGGCGCAAAAAGAAGGUGGUUGGUCACCAUUUGUUGGAAAGACUUUAUCAGGAGUAGUGAGUCGUGUAGUUUUAAAAAGAGAUACUGUUUAUCUUGAUGGUGGAUCAUACUCUACUGGUGCUAGUGGCAAUGACAUUUCAAAUUUGAUUCAUGUUAUUGCGAAAACUCCAGCUAUUAAAGAAUCAAUCACAAGUAAAGAGUCAUUGCAAACUCAGCAACAACCACAACAACAAUCAUCACAGGUUGUGGCUAGUCAUGUUCCGGAUAUUUUGUCACCUACACUUACACCAAGAGAACACGGCCUUAAAUCAAUGGCUUCUGAUUUGUUUUCCCUUGAUUUUUCACACGCGAUCCUACCAACAAGCAUUACGUCGAAUAUAAAUCAAACACGUUUCUUCCGACAACAUAUUCUCACUGCUAAAGAUUUCACACGUAAUGACCUUCAUUUAUUAUUUGGUGUGGCACACGAAAUGCGUACCUUGGUUGAACGUUAUGGGUCAGUAAAUUUGCUUCAAGGUCGAGUAAUGUUUACAUUAUUCUUUGAACCAUCUACAAGAACAUCAGCUUCCUUUGAAGCAGCAAUGAAUAGACUAGGUGGUCGAGUGGUUGCUAUCAAGACAGAUACAUCUUCAGUUGCAAAAGGUGAAUCAUUAGCAGAUUCUAUACGGACGGUGGGAUCAUAUGGGGAUGUUAUUAUUUUGAGACAUCCAGAGCCUGGUAGUACUAGAACUGCAGCACGAUAUUCACCCGUUCCGAUAAUUAAUGCAGGUGAUGGUGUUGGAGAACACCCUACUCAGGCCUUCCUUGAUGUGUACACCAUUCGUGAAGAACUUGGAACUGUCAAUGGGUUAACUAUUACGAUAGUUGGUGACUUAAAAAAUGGUCGAACGGUACACAGUUUAGUUAGGGUAUUAUCUCAAUACCAAGUUACCCUCAACUAUGUUAGUCCUGCAUCAUUACGUAUUCCUGAUGAAAUCAAAACGGAGGUUCGCAAAACUAGAGGAAUAAGGCAAAAAGAAUAUUCGGAUUUGGAGAAUGUAAUUGCAGAAACUGAUGUGCUCUACAUGACACGAAUUCAGCGUGAGCGAUUUACAGAUCAAAUCGAAUAUGAACGGGUUAAGGAUUCCUAUAUAAUAAAUAACGCUACAUUGAGUCGUUCUAAACCAAACAUGAUUGUAAUGCAUCCAUUUCCGCGAAUAAAUGAAAUCGAUCCAGAAGUAGACUUUGACGAUCGUGCUGUUUACUUCCGACAAAUGAAGUAUGGAAUGUUUGUCAGGAUGGCAUUAUUAGCUAUGACGUUGACAAUGAUAAUAGGGCGUGCGGCGUCGACUCUGGUUGUGAAAAUAGGGCUAGAUUUAUUGAAUGUACGCAAGAGCUUUGUUCCCAAGGCACUUAUUGUCAAAAUAGAUGGUAAAAUCUCUAGUAGAAUGCAAACUCUAUUCAGCUCAAAGGCACCUAACAAGUAUUUUGGAUUAAAGGCAUUAAAGCCAAUAAAUGAAGGAUCUUUCAUUGUAGAACCAAUCGAGACUCCUGUAGAAAUAAAUAAUUUGGAAUUUCACAUGGAUAAAUACAUGAGUGAAGGAUUGUGGCGGACCUAUUUUCCACCAUCUGAUACAAGCGAGAUAAAUAAUGCGGCAAAAAAAGGAAGACUUUCUCGUUUUAUUGCGCAUUCUCGUAAUCCCAAUUGUCAUAAGCAAGAAUGGUUUGUGGGAAAUCAGACCAGGACUGGUAUAUUUGCUAGACGUGAUAUUUCGGAUGGCGAUGAAUUAACAAUUGAUUAUACUGAAUCAUCAAUGGGAUAUGGAAAGCCACAUAAAGAUAAAGAGCAAAAUGGCUCAGAUGUUACUCCGGAGGAAGUCCGCCCACUUGAAGAUAACCAAGGAAUUUUUAAUUAUAUUGGACGUAUGUUGCAAGCUAUCUACAGACCAGAUUUGGCAACUCAAGUGCUCCGUAAUUUAGAGAUAACUACAGAUGAAAAUGCUUUGAGAAAAUUCUUAAACCUCGAUGGAUUAAAGAUAUUAAGUUUGUGGUUUCAUGAACAUACUGAGCCUAAACUCAUAGAACGGAUAAUUUCUGUUUUGGAAAAAUUGCCAUUACAAUACAACGAUCUUGAUAUCAUGACUGAGAUCAAAGGAAGUCUCAAGAUGAUAAAAAUAAACGAUGAUGGACUUCAUGAUCGUGUUACAAGGUUGUUAGAAAAAUGGCGUAAGCUUCAUGCUCCGUCUAAGAGUACCACGGCCAAUAAUUCUGAUAAAAUUUUGGAUAGGGACAAAAGUCACUCAUCGAAAAAGAGUGAUAAAGUGAAAACAAUGGAAACAUGUUCUGAAAAGAAACAAAAAACGCCUGAACCUAGUAGUACACUUGGAUGCAUAUCCUUAUUGCCUGCGAGUACAUCUUCCUCGCAACUAUGUAAUGAAGAGCCCGGUUCUUCACAUGUUGCUAAUGCUAAUAUGAAAACUAAUAAUGUUGAAUCAGUUGAUGAUACGCUGAUACAGCCGCCGUCUGUUACUGCAUCGGAUGAAAAUUCGUUUACUCGCACAUUUGAUAAAGAUAAAUUCCGUGGUGAGUUUGCUGCGGCAGUAGUUGAGUACUCUGAGCGAUUUAAGAGUCAAAUUGAGGAACGCACUCUGACCAAACAUGUAAAUAAGUGUAUCGAACUUUGCUUUGGCAAAGAAAUGCGCUUAGCAGAAGUGGAAAGUGUUACGUCAGGCGUUCGUAAUC